GACCCACAUAGGACCGGAAUCUCGAAGUUCUCGCAUGGACGACUUCAUGUACUGCAAGGGGCCCUAACUUCCUUCCUUCUGUCCCAUCUCGCUACCCAAUCUCAGACUAGCAUUUACAAAACAAUGCUACUAAGCGAUUCAACUGUUGCCUGCGGUUCAAUUAGCCGAAAUGGCAGCCGUCGAAUGAAACAAGCUUCCCUGACCUCGUGGCUCUAAACGUUCAAUUAUCUAACUGUCUUGGUGGAUACAACCCGCCAGUAGCGCAACAUACUACUACUAGGCACAGUGGUACACUGCAAUCUGCCCUACCGACCUUGUGCGCAUAGCGCAUGGUCAUAUGUGAUAGGAUUUUCCUCGCUCUUGCCUAUAAAGACAGGUGGUCGCGCCCCAUUUGCUGAUCUUUCCUUGCAUUCUUCAUCUUGUAUCGGCGACAAGGACGAUCUCUUGACAAGAAGAGACCACAUACAAAAUUUCAAAGAUGAAGUCCUUCCUUGCAAGUCUAUUCGCGGCCUCUUUGGCCUAUGCCCAAACGGCCACGGAGAGUGAACCUUCCCUGUCAGACAUUGAGAAGGCUGCGGCUACCACAGAGCCCUACUCUCCUGUCUCCAAUGUGACUGGCCUGGCCUUUGACAGAUUCUUCCAAGUUUGGCUGGAGAACAUUGACUAUUCGGAUGCGUCUGCCGAUGAGAACUACCAAUGGCUGGCCAAGCAAGGAAUCACUCUCACCAAUUUCUUUGCAACUACCCAUCCAUCUGAGCCCAACUACUGCGCUUCCGCCGGAGGAGACACAUUUGGCAUGGACAAUGACGAUUUCAACCAGAUCCCGGCCAACGUCUCGACCAUUGCCGACUUGUUCGACACGAAACAUAUUGCCUGGGGAGAGUACCAAGAACAUUUGCCUUACCCUGGAUUCCAGGGAUACAACUACUCCAACCAGGAAACUUAUGCCAAUGAUUACGUGCGAAAGCACAACCCGUUGGUACUGUUUGACUCGGUCACGAAGAACAGCACGCGUUUGCGUCAGAUUAAAAACUUUACCAACUUUGAGGACGAUCUCGCCGAUAAGAAGCUCCCUCAGUACGCUUUCAUUACCCCCAACAUGACCAACGAUGCACACGAUACCAACAUCACCUUCGCCGCCAAGUGGGAACGUAGCUGGGUCUCCCAGUUGCUCGACAACUCCUAUUUCAUGGAAAACACUCUGCUUCUUCUCACUUUCGAUGAAGACAAGACCUACCCCAAGGGAAACAAGAUCAUGAGCAUUCUCUUGGGUGGUGCCAUUCCUGAUGACCUAAAGGGCACCACAGAUGAUACGUUCUAUACUCACUAUUCGAUCAUCGCUUCCAUGUCGGCCAAUUGGGGUCUGCCAUCCCUUGGCCGAUGGGAUUGUGGUGCCAAUAUUCUUGAAAUUGUGGCCAACAAGACUGGCUAUGUCAAUUAUGAUGUUGACACUACAAACCUUCGUCUCAAUGAGACAUACCCCGGACCCAUGUCCGCUGGCGAUUACUCCAAGUUCUCGCCUGUGUGGCCCAACCCCUUGACCAGUGGUGACUGUUCAGCUGGUCAUGGAAUUCUGGACAUUGUCAAGGAAACCUAUAAGGGAACCACUGCGACUUACAACUACACGAGCCCCUUCCCCUACGAUUUAAAGAGCGGUUACAAUGUCAAGGUCACCGCGACUAAGAAGGGUGCUGGCAACAAAGGAUCUUCUUCCUCAUCGACCCCUACCCCCAACGUUGCUGUUCCCUUUGGUACGCCCGCUGUCGGAUCCAUUUCUGGUAUGUUGAUGGGUCUUCUCUUUUGUCUUUUCUAAGGCAAUGUUAUGCGAUAUGUCUCUUUAUAUGUACUUAUUUUAACGACGCCAACAGGCCGUGCUUGAAUGCUUUCUAUCA